UCAUUAUUAAUUAUAUUAAUGACAAGAAGGCUGUGUUUAUCCACUUGCGUGUUCUUUAUGACUUUAAUCUAAAUGACUAAGAAGUCCUUUACAGUAUUUCAGCGUUUCAAAGACGACAACUGAUAAACCAUGUAUGGGAACCAAAACUAUGGAGGUUAUGGAGGGUACGCUCCAGGGGCGGCUCCCGGUAUGGGGCCAACAGGAGUCAGUCCUGAUGUGCAGCAGUGGUUCAACACAGUCGAUAAAGAUCGUUCUGGACAAAUAAACUGGGAAGAACUGCAAGGUGCUUUGAUAAACGGUCAAGGCAAAAAUUUUUCUGAAUCGGCUUGCAAACUGAUGAUUGGGAUGUUUGAUAGAGACAAAACAGGAACAAUUGAUGUUAAUGAGUUUCAGCAACUAUUUACCUAUAUUAAUCAGUGGUUGGCAGUAUUUAAAAACUAUGAUCGAGAUCAGUCUGGACAUAUCGAAGAGUCUGAACUUGCCCAAGCCUUGCAACAAAUGGGUUUUAAAUUCUCCCCAGAAUUUAUAAAAUUUCUAAUAGCCAAAAGUGAUCUUCAACACCAUAAACAAAUUUCAGUGGAUCAGUUCAUUGUUCUUUGUGUACAGAUUCAACGUUUUACGGAAGCAUUUCGCGUGAGAGACAAGGAAUUGAAAGGCGUAAUCACAAUUGCUUUUGAAGAUUUUCUUAGCGUCGCCAUUAAUUGUUCCACAUAGUACUGCAGAUAUUAUUUAAUAGAUGGUCUAAUUUUGUUAAGUUAGGAGUAAUUUAAAAGUCGUUUAGAUUGUUGAAAUGUUGUCGUUUGCUUUUUUCUUUUCUGCGCAUGUCAUAAAAUGGUUUUCUUAGGUUAAGCUCACUUUACAUUUCCAGCUAAAGAGACUUCACGCAUCACGCGCUUCAACAAUCUAGGGGAUUUUUAUGUUUCAAUGUUAUAAGUUCGAAUAUUUUUGUAGAAAAUUGUGUAACUACUUUCCUUUUAGCAACACGGAGCACGGUCGGUUAAUAAAAUUGUGUUGGAUGUUUAAAA